AUGCCUCUCGUAGUCCCCGGUCUGCAGUCCAAGGACGGCAACAACAACGAAGAGUGGACGAGCAAGCUGAUGGGCAAGUCUCUCGGCGACAACCACAAUGAGACGACCUUCGCCAAGCAAGAUCUCCCCAAGGAGCACCGCGUGCUCGAGCCCGGCAGCAUGAGCACCAUGGACUUCAAGCCCGACAGGCUGAACAUCCACGUUGGCGAGGAUGGCACCGUGCAGAAAGUGCGCUAUGGUUGA